AUGAGCGACUGGGUAAUGAUAGAUAAGAGAGGAGGUCUGAAGAUGGAGACCUGGAACUUUCCAGUUGUUAAGAGUCAGGAGGAGGAGGAAGAUAUAGCAACAGAAACUGAAAAAGAACACUCGUGUGAUCAGAGGAAAACCAAGAAAAAGUGUUAUACUGGAAGCCAAGUGAAGAAAAUGUUUGAACAAUCCUGGCGGAGUCAUAAGAAUCUUGUCAUAAUCGAGGUUCUCCUAGACAACGCUGAGCAGGCUGAAGGAAUUGCGUCAGAGACCCACAUGAAGAGUUUGAGGUGUCAAUGUAGGGAGGGGAUCGUGAAGUGGAAGCGAGAAGUAGUGGGACUCCAGGCGAACCCUGCUGACCUCGGGAACCGCCGAUGUCCUCAUGACCACUACUUUGCUUCCACUUUCGUUCGAUUUUUCUCAAACCGCCCCCUCAGCCACGUCACUGUUGCCGUAACAGUAGCCUCAACUGUUCACCUUCCCUGCCCGUGCAAAGCACACAGUGACCAGCGCUGGAGAGAAGCAGCCAGAGGGGGUGCGAUGGCGGACAAGCGGCACCAUGAAACAGUCUACACAAUCAAUGAGGACCAAGAAUGGAACGAACUAGGCACUGGCAACAUCUCAGCCACAUUCAUGGACAGGUCUCAGGCCAUGACUCUGCUAGUCCUAUCAGAGUCUAGCAGCUCAGUGGUCUUGUUGUCAAGGCUAAAUCCAAACACUCUUUAUCAGAAAAAAAAAUGGGGGAGGUUAAUUGUUUGGUCUGAAGUUGAGAACCAUACAAUUUCGUUAAGUUUCCAAGACCCAGAAGUUUGUGGCAAGAUCUGGGAAGACAUUUGCUGGGUUCAAGGUAAAGAUCCAUCUGUGGACAUUAUACACAGUCAUGAAGUGACAGGAGCUGGGAAUUUUGUUCCACUGCAUACCUGUGAACUCGAGCAACUUGAACUGUUUGCUGACUUAGUUACCUCAGCUCUCUCUUUACCUGCCUGUAUAGAAAGGCUGGUUCUGGUCUUGAAAAAUGCAAGCUGUAUGAGAAGAUUACUACAAAUGUUCCAUACUUGUGAGAACCUACAGGAUAUUGAAGACUUGCACCAUUUGUAUGAUAUUUUUAAAGGAAUCUUACUCUUUAACAAGACAUCUCUGUUUGAGAUCAUGGUUUCUGAUGAGUGUAUCAGGGAUGUGGUGGGAUGCCUUGAAUAUGACCCUGCUUUGGUUCAGCCAAACAAGCACAGGGAAUUUUUGACCCAAAAUGCAAAGUUCAAGAAAGUUGUGCCUAUAAGAGACUCUGAACUUAGACAAAAAAUACGUCAGACAUACAGGAUACAGUACAUCUAUGACAUUCUUUCGCCUGUACCAUCAGUGUUUGGCAGGAAGUUAUUUUCUAAUCUUAGAAAGUUUAUUUUCUUCAACCAAUUUGAGAUUGUUAGCAUGCUACAGGAAGAUGGCAGCCUUUUGUCUGAAGUCUUCACACAGUUAAAGGAUGAAACUACAGAUGAUGGUAAACGGUGUGAACUGCUGUUUUUUUUCAAGGAAUUCUGUGCAUUUACUCGUACAUUACAUCGUCAAAGGAAGGAAGCACUAUUUGAAACAUUGACACAAUUGGGACCUGCUCUUAAAGUUGUAAUGAACGUGGAUGCUGCUACUGAGAUAUUUUCUUAUCUGGUGGAGAAUUUUCCAUCCAUGAUCCAAGAAUUUAUAAUGAAGGAAGCCCAGCAGAGUAAAGAUUGUAAUCAUUUCAUUAAUGUAGUAAUCAAACAAAUGAUCUGCAAUACUGAUCCUGAGCUAGAAGGUGCUGUUCAUAUAAUGGAACUUCUUCGUGCUCUUCUUGAUCCUGACAACAUGCUGACAACACCUGAUACAUACGAAACAUGUGAAUUUCUAAGUUUCUUUUAUGAACAUUGUAUGCAUAACUUAACAGCACCUUUUUUUGCCAUCACCUCAAAAGAUAAAAGUGAAGAGAAUGGUGUAGCUGGAGCUGACGAAAACAAUUUCCUUAUUUUGGGUGCUGUUCACUUUAUGAGAAGGAUGAUUGGCCUUAAUGAUGAACUUUACAAUUAUUACAUCAUCAAGGGAAAUCUUUUUGAGCCCUUUGUAAAUGCCUUUCUGCAUAAUGGAACUCGGUACAGUAUGUUGAAUUCAGCUAUUAUUGAGCUGUUUGAAUACAUAAGAGUGAAGAAUAUCAAGUCUCUGGUUACAUACAUAGUAAAAAAUUAUAGUGCACUUGGCUCAAUUAAAUAUGUUCAAACGUUCAAAAGAUUAAAGAUUAAAUAUGAUCAAGCAGAAGGCCAGAAGAAUAAAAAAUGGAAGAACUCACAUCCUACACUGCACAGUGAAAUGUUUCACACAGGUGCUAGAGUUUUGGGGAAGAAGGAAGAAAUGCAUUUUAAAGAAAAUACAGAGGAAGAAGCAGCAGUUACACCAGCCUUGGAAGGUGAUUUCCAAGAUUGUUACGAUAAAUUGAUGGAGACUGAAAAAACAAAAGGAAAUGAAGACAAGGUACAUCAUUGUAAAAGAACAUCUUACGGUAGCUUCAAAGUUACUUCACCCCAUUCAGCCAGUGCUGCUAGUGGAACAAGUAGCCCAAACAGUGCUAGCUCAGUUGGUGUUGUGGAUUACUCUGAUGAAGAAGAAGAAAAGGAAGAUGACACAUCUUCCAGGAAAAGACCACAUCUUACUUAG